CGAUGAGAACAGCCCGGUCAAAGGUCAGCACAAGUAUGGCGGCGAAAAACGAGCUGGGAGUCCGUAGUGUGUUCAAAAACGGGCUUUUCGCGGGGAAAGUGGCCGUCGUCACGGGUGGAGGGACAGGGAUUGGGCUAGCAAUCACCAAGGAACUCCUGAGUCUAGGAUGCAAGGUGGUGAUAGCCUCCCGUAAGAAGGACCGUCUCCAGGCGGCUGCAGACGAGAUGGCCGCCUGUAUCCCGCCGGGGAGUUCAGCUCAGGUCAAGGCCAUUCCCUGCAACAUCAGGAAAGAGGAUGAGGUGAAAAACCUGAUGUCGUCAGUAGUGUCGGAGUUUGGACGGCUGGAUUUCCUGGUGAAUAAUGGAGGAGGCCAGUUCCAGAGCCCUGUGUCCAUGCUGAGUCUGAAGGGGUGGAACGCUGUGGUAGACACAAACCUCAACGGAACCUUCCUGUGCCUCAGAGAAGCCUACAAUGCCUGGAUGGGAGAGAAUGGAGGGGCUGUGGUCAACAUCAUCCUACUUACAUCUAAGGGAAGGCCGGGAAUAGCACACUCUGCAGCCGCCCGUGCUGGUAUUGCCAACCUGAGCAAGAGUCUGGCUGUAGAGUGGGCUUCUAACGGGAUCAGGAUUAACAAUGUGGCACCGGGUUCCAUCUACAAUCCCACAGCAGCGGAGAACUACAAGGCUUUUGGAGAUGUUUUUAGACAGGCCAUCCCUUUUAUACCUGCUAAAAGAAAUGGCACUACAGAAGAGGUAUCAGCAGCUGUGACGUUCCUGCUGUCCCCUGCUGCUGCCUACAUCACAGGGGAGACUGUUAAAGUAGACGGAGGCUGGGACCUCUUCCAGGUGCCCUGGGAGAUUCCAGAACAUGACAAAAUGCCAGCAUACAAGUGGGAAGAAGAAGACAAACUCAAGGCAAAACUUUGAGAAGAAAGUUGCUUGUCUGCAUCUAUACAUUUUAUUCAUACAUGUUGUACAAUGUACAUGUACUUUAUACAAUAUUU